AUGUCUAACAACCUAAAUCUAGCGAAAUUUGCCUUCAAUAUCUAUGGCACCCUUAGCACAGACAACUCCCCACCAUCAUCUACAUCCAGUGGUACGAGGAAAUCUCGUUUGGUGUACAAUUGUGAGAAAGAGGUAUCAUGUUUAACUGAUUUCGAUACCGUGGAUAAACCCAACACCCACAUCAUCAUAGGUGGGAAGAACUAUUUGAAGUUGUUGAUGGUCAACGAUGACCAGCUGCAUGUUCUUAAUGAGAUAAAUAUCCUUGAUCCCGUACAGACGUCUAGAGUUUCAGGGAAUAAAAUCCAUAAUUUCAAUACCAUCAAAAGUAACGGUAAUCUUCUAGCUGCUGGUAUGGUGGACGGGUCCAUUAAUAUGUACCAAUUGCAGAACAAUGGGAAAUCCAGACUCAUAAAGAAGUUUAACGACCACAAAAGAAGAAUCAAUUCCCUUGAUUUUUAUGAUCCUAUGGACCCUUCAGUAUCGAAUCUCCUUAUUUCAGGUUCCCAAGAUGGUUGUGUCAAAGUCUGGGACUUACGUCAAGCUUCUAUCAAACCUGUUAGUACUAUACUACCGAAAUCCAACCAUGAUUCCGUCCGUUCGUGUCAAUUUUCGUCCCAUUCCAGGAAACUCACCAUUUUGACCGUCCACGAUUCAGGAACUUUGAACAAGUACGACUUGAGGUCGUUAUCAUCGACAAAUUCGAUGAGUGAAAGGAAAUGGACGUUCCAUACCGGGCCCUGUUUGUCACUCCAUGUUCAUCCAGAGCUUGAAUAUGUUGCUACUUGUGGAAGAGAUCAAAAAGUAUGUAUUUGGAACUUUGCUGAUAAUUCUUCCUCAUCGUCUCCUGACCAUGUCAUACAGACUUAUGGUCCGGUACUGAAAGUCCGUUGGUCGACCAUCCCUAACGGUGAUGAUAGUUCGUUAUAUAAUUAUGAUUUGGCUUGUUCGUACUUGAAUGAAGAUCCAACCAUUACCGUGUAUAACCUCAAGAGAAAAUACGUUCCUAAAGAGAUCAUUCAAUCUUCCAGACCAUACCUGAACUUUAUAUGGGGUAAAAAUAACCAAAACACCAGGAAAAUAUGGACCCUCACCAAGGGGAACCAGUUCAAGUCUACUACGUUAGAUACUGAUGAUGAUGUUUUCAGACCAUCGGAGAACUUGAACUCUGUCACUAUGGAUUGGGGAAAUGGUGUAGGAGACUUAUCGUUCAUCAGUCAAGAUAAGUUGGACUUUGAAUCUAUGGAACCUAAUGAUGACGACGAUUUGGAUGAAUAUCGAAUUCCUAUUGGUCACAGUCACAGCAGCUCGUUUAGUACGAUAUCUACAUCCCCUGUAGAUGUACCAAGACCUUCGCUUAUACGUUCAUCAACGGGAUUAAAGAAAUCCCCUUCUCCUUCACCUCAAAUCAGAAAUGCUAUAAGUUUCCAUGAGCUGCCAUUGAUCAACCAAUUGAACCAUGUGGGACUCACCCCACCACGACCAGGAAUGAAAAGAGGAUCAUCUCAAACAACUAUAGAUUCAAUUCCUUCAAUAGCAUCUCCUGAUAGAAAACAUUUGCUUGUGAAUCAUGUCUCCCCUUACGUCAUCCCAUUGUCUUUACCCCUACCUUUGAAUGAUGAUAUUGUGUUUGAGACCUUAUCCAACAACUAUCUUAUAACCAUACCUGAUGGAUUCUCCUUGAUAGAUGUGUGUCUCUUGAAUGCCUCGGUGGCCGGAAGUGUUAAUAGAUUUAGAGAUUGUCAGAUCUGGAGAAUAUUGGCUGUAGGGUUGGAACAACACCAGGACAUUAAGGAACCCCCUAAGGAUGUAGACACCGAUAUUGAUGAAGAUAAAGAAGAUAACAAAUCGAUGUCUUCCGAAUUAGGAAAUUUUGUUGGUUCGUACACGUCCAACUCUACCUCCAAUUAUGGAGAUUCUGCUCCUUCAGAAACCUCUAGGAAGUCCAACAUCGAAAGGAACUCUUCCACUAAUCUUAUGGAGAUGAUAAAUCAUAGGAACUCCUUCGCCAACGGCAUAAGUAUUAGUCCUUUGAGUCCAAAUCUUUCUCGAUCUAAUAGUAUGGUAAUGGGGAGAAUUAUAAUGAAAGCCGAUGAAGAUAAUGAAAGUGCUGUUAUUGAUGACGAAGAUGAAGAUGAUAAAGAUAAGUUCGAUAAACUUCCACGAGAGGCCACGAGAGGAGAGGUCUUGAGAUCGGAGACCAGAGAAGGUUCCAAUCCGGUGAUCAUACCCGGAGGAAAAGAAGAAGUUAGGUUCAAAGGAUCACCUAAAAACGUCGCCAUUUUGAACAAACUUCGUGGUGGCUCAUUCAGAGAUUUGGAUAAUGAGAAUGUUAAUGUCAAUGCAUCGUUCUCGGCAGAUAAACACUCCAAUUCCAGUUAUUCUCAUUAUGGAGGGUCUAAUUACGGGUCCAAUUAUGGGUCCAAUUAUGGUAGUGUGAAAAGUCGUAGAAGCUCCAGCAUAGCACCAACCUACGGAUUCUUAAGUAGUAAGAAUGUUUAUGGGAAUGGUUUAGAGGAGGUGGACGAAGUGGCUUCAGAACAUGAGAAAGUUGAAGAAUCUGGAUUGAGCAAAGUUUUGGCUUCUAAAGACAAGGAAAUCAGUAUACCUUGGACUAUCAACAACUUAAUAGAAAAGUCUUUGUACCAUGCUUCCUUACAGGGAGAUAUUAUCCUUUGUUCUUCGUUGUCACUUCUUUUUUAUAAUUUUGUCAGACCGUUGAAUUUGAAAUUUUUCAGUCGUUCUAGGAUCCUUGAAUGGCUCUCGUUAUACAUAGAGAUUCUUCAACGGAAGAGAUUGUUUGUGAACGCCAUCAACAUAUUGAACUUGUCACCCAUUGAUCUCAAAGACAAGUUACUUCAAUUGUUCAACUUCGAUACUUUGAGGCUCUAUUGUGAUCAAUGUAAUGAGUUGGUGGUGAAUGAAGACACAAAGAGAGGUUUCUGGUACUGUGAGAAGUGUAAGGCCAAGCAAACUAAUUGUGUUUAUUGUAACGAGCCAUGUAAGGGGUUGAACGUGGUGUCAAGUUUGAGAUGUGGUCAUAGAGGACAUUUUGGCUGUUUAAGGGAAUGGUUCAUUGAAUUGGAGAACUUAGAGUGCCCAGGAGGGUGCAGUGAAGUUUUAUUCGAUUAG